CAGAAACCGUCACGUGAAACACCAGCACCUUCCAGCGAACUGAGGCUGUUGAUGGACUAUUACGGUCAGUACCAGCAAGCAUCGGCAUAUGGGGGAAACUACUACGGCGCAGCGUCAUCAUCCAGUGCUCCUGUCUACCGGCCAGCCAAUGCACAUGAAUACGAUGUUGGUGCAGCCGCCCAACAGAGCGCCUAUGUCCCUGGGGCGAACCAUGGCAAAGGCGGUGGCUCCGGUGCUGUGGUGCCCAAAGGCUCGAAGCGAACAACCGUGCUGAGGAAAGGGGCUGGAAAAGUGUGGGAAGAUCAGACGUUGUUAGAUUGGGAUCCCGCGUGGUUCCGCUUAUUUGUUGGAGAUCUCAGUAAUGACGUCUCUGAUGAGAUUCUGGCCACCGCGUUCAUCAAGUAUCCUACCUUCACAAAGGCCAGGGUGAUCCGCGAUCGACUGAGUCAAAAGGCAAAGUACGGCUUCGUCGCCUUUAGUGAUCCGGAAGACUUCCUCAAGGCAUGGAAGGAGAUGGAUGGGAAGUACGUGGGUAACCGCCCUGUGAAAUUGAGGAAAGCAGACGCCUCCAUUAAACCGGUAGAGAUUGGCCACCGUAAAGCCAAACAGCUAGAGAAGGAUCGGAAAGGGAAAGGACGUCACCAUCCGUAUUGAGUCGGUGGCCACUAUUUCUGAG